AUGUCUCUCAAGAAAGUCCUCCUUGUCGGUGCAAACGGAACUCUAGGCUCAGUCCUACUCGAAGGCCUCGUUUCCUCAAACUCUUUUGACGUCUCUGUCGCCAGACGUGAAUCAUCCAAAUCAACACCAGCGCACGCCGAAUCCAUCUCCAUCGUCACUAUACCAGACGAUUUCGCCAUUGACGCUUUAAUUUCCGCUCUCAAAGGCCAAGAUGUUGUCAUUGCUUCAUUCCCGUUGACAAAUGUUGUCGAUCAGCAUCUCCGUCUCGCAGAAGCUUCUGCCAAGGCGGGCGUGAAACGCUUCAUUCCUGCCGACUUUGGAAGCUGUGAUGCGCAGAGCGAGCAAGCCAAGAAGCUACUAAAGCUUUACCGCGACAAGGAUGAAGUUAGGAACAAGGCUAUUGAGCUUGUGAAAGAAUAUCCCGAUUUCUCUUGGACGUCUAUUGUGUGUGGACAUUUCUUCGACUAUGGAAUUCGCGACGGUUUGCUACACACCGAUCUCACCACCAAUACCGCCGUGAUUCUCGACAAAGGCGACGUUCCAGCUUCGGCAUCCACACUCUCGCGUGUUGCCGAAUCUCUUGUCGCAGUACUCAAGCACCCAGACAGCACAAAAAACCGCCUCCUAUAUGUGCAAAGCUUCUGCAAGACACAGCUGGAGGUGGUAGCAGCCCUAGAAAAGGCGACAGGCGCAGAGUGGAAGAAGGAGUUCGUGAACUCGGAUGAGUUCCUACAGGAACAAACCGAUAAGAUGGCCGUGAAAUAUGAUCCACAUGCGCUGGAAAAGAUUGUGUUUGUGCUAGGAGCACUCGACGCCGAGUGGCCCAAGAGGGGAGAUGCAUUCGCCAUGAAGGAGUUGGGACUUGAAGAUGAGGACCUUGACGAAGUUAUCGGGGGAAUUGUUAAACAGUGGAGGAAGGAGAAGGAGAGCAGCAGAAGAAGUGAUGGGAUGGGUCUUGUUAUCUGA